CCUUCGGGCCUUGUUUUGCUUUUCCUUUUUCUCGAUUUUCUCGUCUUUCGGUCUUCGGAUUGCCGUGAUCGCUGUUCUCCCUCUUCCUCUGUUCUCCUGCAGAGUUUUGGUCCAUGACUGGAUACUUUCAGCGUAUUUCUCCUAAUGAUCCGUCAAGAGUCACAAGAGGAGGCGAAUGAUGCGGUUGAGUCAUACAAAGCAACUGUUAAGGAGCAAGCUGAAGAAUUGGUGAUAAAAAAGUUCCCAGAACGCAUUAUCCACUUCAACAAGCUUCUUAACGAGACUCCCUUUCUCUGCGAAGACCUCACCUCAGUCCACUCUGAUCUCAAGAUCCCUGUCCCAGAACCACAGAUUAUAAAUAAUCAUGAUGGAGAUCCUCCUGCUAAGAAACGCAAGGCGGUUGAUGGCACAGAAGAAGCAGUGAUGGGUGCUAAGGUCUUCAUUCUCCCCUCAGGGUCAGUCCCCAUUAACUCCCACAUCACCCUGAUGGUCGACACAAUUAAGCCAUUGAUUCGUCAGCUUGUUGAAGAAGCCAAUUUGCUUAAAAUGUGGGUAUCAUUCCUUAUUCCCAAAAUUGAGGAUGGCAACAACUUCGGCGUUAGUAUCCAGGAAGAGACCCUUGGAGAAAUCCGGACAGUAGAGUCUGAGGCUGCAGCCUUUUUUGACCAGAUCUCCCGAUACUACAUGACACGAGCUAAGCUGGUGUCAAAGGUAGCAAAAUAUCCACACAUUGACGACUACCGACGAACUGUUGUGGAGUUGGAUGAGAAAGAGUACCUGUCCUUACGCAUCACUUUGUCAGAGAUCAGGAAUCACUAUGCCACACUACAUGACAUGAUCACAAAGAACAUGGAGAAGAUUAAGAAGCCGCGAAAUGCUAAUUCUAUUGAAGCCAUGUAUUAGAAGUUAAAAGUAUUCCUAAACUAGACUGACUGUUUCAUGUCCUGAAGUGGCUGUGUGUCACUGACUAACAAUUGCAAUGCUGCUCAUUGCUGAGGAUUGCUGUGUUGAUGACAUCUUAAUUUUGGCCGCUCUGCUCUAGUUCGGUGGUACACAUUUGUUGAAAUUUCAUUUAGCACUUUUGGGUUACAUUGUUUAUUUGUUUUUGAGAAGGGAAAACAUUCAUAUGUGGAGAACUCCUUGGGUCUUCAGAUUGACUUUCUGAAUAGUGUAGAGAAAUAUGUAUUAUAUAUAUAUAUGAAGGAAGGAAAUAGUGUACUUGUAUUUUUUUCUGUGACUUUCAUAAUACUGGAUAGUAAAUACUUAUUCAUGA